CCGAUUGUUUCCGCCCCCGUCGGUUUCUUGACAGUUCGGUCGGUGUGUCUCUUGGUUGAUCUGCCCCUACCGCUGCUGUCGCUGUCUCUAACGCCAUGUUGUCCCAGUCCCGGUGCCUUUCCCGGACUCUCGGUCGCUCCCUCUCCGCUAUCAGCCAGGGUAAUAAUGUCUUAGGAAGGCGGACUGUUUCAGGCCUUUCUGCGUGCCAUCGGCUAGCUUACAAGAACAGCAGACAGUUUCCGGAUUGCAACACCAGAUCCAGUGUCUUCCACAUCAGGUAUUUCAAGACCUCUGCAGUCUGUAACAAUGAAGUGGUCACGGUAAAUACCCCUGCAUUUGCAGAGUCAGUCUCAGAGGGAGAUGUCAGGUGGGAGAAAGCUGUGGGAGACACAGUUGCUGAGGAUGAAGUGGUGUGUGAAAUUGAGACUGACAAGACAUCAGUGCAAGUUCCCUCACCCGCUGCUGGUGUGAUUGAAGCUCUCCUGGUCCCAGAUGGUGAGAAAGUGGAAGGGGGAACUCCACUCUUCAAACUUAGGAAAGGGGCUGGCGCUGCCAAAGCCAAACCAGCAGAUGCCCCCCAACCUGCCGCUCCUAAAGAAGAACCUGUUGCAGCAGCGGCUCCACCCCCGUCUGCUGGACCCAUCCCCACCUCCAUGCCCCCUGUCCCGCCAGUACUGGGGCAGGCCAUGACAUCUAAACCUGUAUCGGCAGUUAAACCCACAGCAGCCCCCCCACCUCCCCCAGCUGACUCAUCAUUGAAAGGAUCCAGAUCUGAGCACAGGGUGAAAAUGAACCGAAUGAGACUGAGGAUUGCUCAGAGACUCAAAGAAGCGCAAAAUACCUGCGCAAUGCUGACCACUUUUAAUGAGGUUGAUAUGAGUAAUAUCCAAGAAAUGAGAAGCAAACACAAAGAUGCUUUUCUUAAGAAACACAGUAUAAAGCUUGGCUUCAUGUCUGCGUUUGUGAAAGCUGCUGCAUUCGCUCUGCAAGACCAACCUGUCGUCAAUGCUGUUAUUGACGACACUACCAAAGAAAUUAUAUACAGGGAUUACGUUGAUAUUAGUGUGGCUGUGUCGACGCCAAAGGGCCUUGUGGUUCCAGUAAUCCGGGGCGUUGAGAUGAUGAACUUUACUGACAUUGAGAGAACAAUCAAUGAGCUUGGAGAAAAGGCUCGUAAGAAUGAAUUGGCAGUAGAAGAUAUGGAUGGUGGGACCUUCACAAUCAGCAAUGGAGGUGUUUUUGGAUCUCUGUUUGGUACACCUAUCAUUAACCCACCACAGUCUGCUAUCCUGGGCAUGCAUGGGAUCUUUGACAGACCGGUUGCUGUUGGUGGCAAGGUUGAAGUGCGGCCCAUGAUGUAUGUUGCUCUCACCUACGACCAUCGGCUGAUUGACGGUAGAGAAGCAGUGACCUUCCUGCGCAAGGUCAAGUCUGUAGUGGAGGACCCCCGAGUACUGCUCCUUGACCUGUAAUUCAGAGCACAAGCACAUUUAGACCAUUCUAUUUAAUAAGUCUUCUCUACAGAAGAGGUGGUAUAUACCCAUUUAUGACUACGCGUUUCAUAAGUCUGUUUUAAAAAAAAAAAAAAAAAGAGAAGUUGAGUCUGAUUGCUUACUCUAGAAGGGGGCAAACUGCAUGGAUUCUACCAGCAUAAAGGUGUAACGAUAAUAUAGCGCAGGCUGGGUUUUCAGUAGAUCAGAUGUGAAUGAUGAGAUUUGUUUAGAAACUUUUUAUUAUAGAUUUGAUCCCAUCUUAAAAUUCAUUGUGAGAAAUGAUUGGAAUUUCAGAAGAAAAAAAAAAUGCUCCCAAACAAAUGUUAUGAAAUUCAUUGUAUUGCACAAAAAAACACAUUAAUGUAUACCCUGGAGUUUGCCUAAAUCCAUAUGUGUAGGCUGUCUGUAAAAUGCACUGAAUUGUUUGUCUAUAAAUACUGUGGUCUAUAUGGUAAUAGAAAAAGUGUAAACCAGAAUCCCAUCUACUGGCAUUGCUUAUUUCUGGUCAGUUAAGAGAUAGAUAUAUUUUUUUUCUUAAGCUUUGACGUAUUUAGAAGUAGUGUUGACGUCAGUAUAAAAUAGACACUCAAGUGGGUAGUGCAUCUUUCAGCAGGUUUGAGAUCAGCUUUGUUCACCUUGGGAUCAGAUACACUUUAUUCUGUAUACUGAACUUGUAACUAUUUAAAGAAAAUGAUUUUAAACAUUAAAACACAGGAAACCUCUGAUGAAAGUA